AUGGAGUGGAACAACCCGUCCUGUCAGUCAUCCUUUCUUCGUCGACCUCAAUGCUGGUACAACGACUGUGAAGAAGGCGAGAGCGGCCAGGAGAUGUCUUGGCCGCCACUGCCGUCCGAUGCACUUGCUACUGACGAGGGUGCAGUGCCAUGUCAACCGACAUCUUCUCUGAAGACGGUGUGCUCGAGCACAUUCGCAAACGACGGGCUGGUCGGUCAGUCGCGACCCUCGCUGAGCAUGCCACAGCUCGAAGAAGCAACGGAGCUCCAGCCAUUCCUUUUGUCCAGGAACAGUCUGCUGCCGAACAAUGUCAUGCAGCUGAUGCAAAACGGGCCGCCACUGCCUUUGUCGCCGUCGCCGUCGCAAGAAGAGCUUCUGCCGUUACCGCAACAGCAGUUUGGUAUGCACCUACCCGUGCAGUUGGCUUCGCAAUACUCGGAGCCUCCAGUCGAGUCGAAAAGUCAGUACCUUCGACCACCCGCACCAGUACCUUCCUCGCCAAUGCAUCUGCCCCACAGCUCGGCCAGACCACCGCGAGACUAUUUCCACGAAGGUGUUCCAACUCUGCAUAGCGCACGCAGCUUCGUGUCGACGCUGCCAACGAGUUUUUCGUCACUGGAGCAACAGCAGCUGCUGUACCAGGACAGAGACUUUGACAGUGACAUGGCGCAAGAGAUCUCGUCGGAUCUGUUCCAUGCGUCAGCGAUGUCCACGGAACCGCUGGAGCGAGAGAGCUCACCACCGACAAUAGGCAGCUCUCGAGAUCCACGAAACCUCAGCGGCAGUGACACUUUCCCCAAUUGUCCAUCUGCUGCUACACCACUUGGCAGGUCGAAGCGAGGAAGUGCGUUGCGAGAACCGUUUACGGCAAUGGCAGUGACCGACAAGCCCAAGUUUUCGCCCGACAAACGCAAGCUGUGCUGCGUCGAAGGCUGUUUGAGCCAAGCUCGAGCCUUUAACCGAUGUAAACGACACGGUGGAUCCAAGCGAUGUUCGAGUCCAGGCUGCACCAAGAGCGUGCAGAGUCGUGGACCGUGUAUCCGUCACGGCGGUGGCUCACGGUGUCAAGAGAGUGGCUGCACACGUGCAUCCCAGAGUCAUGGCCGGUGCAAGCUGCACGGCGGUGGCCGCCCGUGCAUUGUGGCAGGUUGUGACAAGAAGGCGCAUCUCAAGCGUCUCUGUCGCAAACACGGCGGCGGCACGAAGUGCUGCGUGGCAAACUGCGACAAGUGGUCUCAGCGUCAGGGCAUGUGCAUGACGCACUCGAAACGAGCAAAGCCAACUGGCAGUGGACUCGCUGGCACUCCAUUGACGUUUAGCAAUGACACAGCGUUUUCCUCGGCACGAUCGAGUUCAGAGUUUUCGCCAUCACCGCUCGACGUGUUCACGGACGAAGCGUAG